AUGCUUCCCGAGCCGGCGUUGAGCUUCACCAUCCCCAGCCUGCACGACGGAACCGUGCUCGACUGUCGCGUCUACCACCCGGCGUCGCUGGCCGCGGCCAACCCUCGCGCGCCGCCAUGGAAGAGACACGCGGCCGUGGUUGCGCACCCCUACGCGCCCAUGGGCGGGUGCUACGACGACCCGACGCUGGACAGUGUUGCCGCGGCCCUGCUGCGGACGGGCUAUCUCGUGGCCACCUUUAACUUUAGGGGCGCAGGCCAUUCCGCCGGCCGGACGUCCUGGACGGCGCGGCCAGAGCGAGACGACUACGCGAGCGUCGUGGGCUUCACGGUGCACUACGUCCACUUUCUCGAUCCCUUCAACGACGAGGCCUCGAAGCAAAGUCCCGUCCUGCUGAUGGGCGGCUACUCGUACGGCGCCAUGGUCACGGCACAGAUGCCGCCGCUGGACCAGCUCCUCGAGCCGUUUGCCCGCCCGCACGCCGACUCGCACGCCGCGCAGGUCCGCCUCCGGGCGCAGCACCUCGCCGAGCAGCAGAACCUCAUCCUAGGCAGCGCGCGCUCGGCCGUACUACAAGUGCGAGGCCCGCACGCCACCAUCGGACGAGCCGGGGCGGUGCGCGUCGGCGGCGACGAGGGCGAUCGCUCCCCGCGCAAGAGCCACGACAGCCUCGGCCGGAGGAGCUUCUCGCUCGACGCCGAGGACAGGUUCCGCAGGGGCGUGUACCUGAUGGCCAGGGCAAGGGCCAGGCGGUCUGCGAGCUCUGACGGCGGCAACGAACCUCGUCCCCCGCAAGACAAGCAGGACGAGCGGGGAGAGACGCUGCCCGCCGCCACGGCGGGACUCGUCACGCACCUGGCGACCAUGUCGUUGCAGCCGUCGCGCCUGAGGCGCCGCCACGACGAUGCCGAGGAGAAGAAGCUCACCGAGAAUGCGACGCUCGCCGUCUUUGGCGACAAUGACGUCUUUGUGCCGGUGGGCAGGCUGCGCGCGUGGGUGGCCAGGCUGGCCGGGCAGGGCUCGCUGUUUGCCGCCCGCGAAGUCGCCUCCGCUGGGCACUUUUGGGGCGAGGACGGCGUGCUGGAUCUGAUGACGGAGAGCGUCGAGGCGUUUGCGGCCGGGCUGAUACGCGAUACUUGA